CUUCGCUGUUUCACCAUUAGAGAGUUCUUAUCUGUGGAGAAAGGCCCCGCAGCUCCCCCUUUCCUGACCUUCCAUCCUCCGCACAGGUAUCAGCAGCUGACACAUGGGUGCACGAAAGGAGCAUCGGUAAGCGAAGGACCCGUCAACGGCACGAUUAUCGAUGACAAGGCCCCCAUCGACUUGGCGACAUUGGAGGUCUUCUUGAGCCGUCUGAAUGACGACACAGAUGACGGACUGCUUACCAACCAGUGCGCCAAAUACUGAGAGGAAACCUCUGACCACAACCCGACAAUUACCGCACUCGAGAAGCACAAGCCGUGGGCAAAACAGGACAUGUUGCAUCUUGCCGACAACGGGGUGCAGUUGCCGCCCCACGAACCUUACGAGUACUUCCCCCUCCGCCUCAGCGUGUCCAAUGGCACCCUCUUCUGCCAUUCCACCAGACGAUGCCGACGGAGGACGAAGGAUCCUGAGCGGAUUGUAUCGGAGGAAGCGCGGCGUAUGGCGGAGAUGCUGGCGGAUGCUGUGGGAUAUGCGGCCAGCACUAAUGUCAGCUUGGGCGACACAGCCUUCACUAUUCAUACGGGGGACUGCCCCUGUUUCUGGUUCGUUGACCUUACCUAGUGAAACGCUUGUUCUUCACAAGCAGAUUGCACUCUCUGCUCUGUCCUGUGUUUCCCGUCUGCAGGCGUGCAAAGGUGCCUCUCGGCGGAGAUUCGUUGGGACGGGUGGGACGGAGUGGUUCAGAAGACAUGACGAUGUCGCGAGGAGACUAGCAGGUGGGAAAGGAAGCUGUGUAGAGAGCUGCUUGUCUGAAUGAACGAGGGGAAGGAAAUGUUAACACACAAAUAGCAAGAUGGCGCUCGGUGCUGUGCUUUGUGGUUGUGUGCUGUGAUGGCUGCAGCAGCGCUGCACAAGAUUGGAUGGUAGACUGCGGACGGACAGAUCAAACCCACGUAUUGUGCACAUGUGUGUGUCGUUGAUGCAGGCAUUGCUUGACGAAAGAGAGCAUUCGUCAGUCUCAUAUUACUCUUUUGAAGCGCUUGGGAGACCUUCAGGAGCCCACGGGGCACACGCAGGGCCAGCUUAAGGCGCUUAAAAUGACGAGCAGACGACGGCCGGGGUGCGAGAGGAGCGAGGGCGUGCCCCUGCACACGGGAAUGCACGGCUUCUACAACGCUGUACAGCAGUGCAUUUGUCAGUGAUCGUGCGAGCGGACAGAUUCGUAUUUGGCAAUCGACAGUUCUACAUACAUGUAGCCGAUGUACUGAUAUGGCAUAGAGUCCAGCUCUUGCGGGACAAUGUGCUUGGCUUCUGGCAUGACCGUUGAUUUUCACAAUCUGCCGUCUGUGACGGCUGUACUCCAUUUUGUUCUUGUGUCGAGUGUGCUCUUGUGCUCUUGUGCCCCUGUGCUUCGGCUGGCUAGGACAUUCGACUGAGCCCUUGCGUGUGUGUGCGUUCAUUAGUUUAAAGGGCAUUGUCCUCCUGUAGAGAGACACACUUAGACUUUUGAUUCUCGCCGACGGGUAGCACUGUGCUCUCUUCGCCACCGCACACACACACACACACACACACACAAGAGAGGGAAACAGCUUUG